AGCAACAGUCGCCGAGGAGCAGAAUCAGCAGACGAAAACAAAAACGUUUUAAAAACGCAGUCGCCGAUACAGAAAGUGCCAGCGUAUCCACCCACUCUCACACAGACACACACCCUCGGAUACGGAUUCCUUCGUCUGCAUUAUAAUAUUGCGCUUAUUUCCUUUCGCGAGCUCAACGAUGCGACACGAUCAAUCCCUGGACAUUUUUAGUUUAUUUUGUUAAUUGUUGGAUGAUCCAUUAACUGCGUAAGGAGCACGUAGAUCAUUAUAAAAGACUUGGGAUCUUUGACGGAAGAAUUUAGUCAUGAGUCGCCUGCAGAAGCAAAACCACGAGAUCUUGAGCAGUGGUACAAGUAAGUCGCGUCGCAAGAAUCAGCAAAAUCCCCAUGAAUCGGGGUCACUAGCAUACGAGGAGCAGGAUCCAAUGGUGCGGAAUCAUUUGAAUGGCCACCUGGUGGCCAAUGGCAAUGGCAAUGCCAAAAAGCAGAAGAAUAGCAAAUCCGAGACGUUGACCAAUGGCAAAAAGGCCAAACUGAUUACGGAGGGAUCUGGCUCCAAUUCUGUCAAGACCUUGGCCUACAAUAAUAAUAACAAUAACAACAAUAGCAUCAGUGCCACAAACGGUCAGUACACCAAUAGCAGCAGCAAGACCACGUCAGCAUCUGCAAGGGAUUACACUUACCGCGAGACCAUAUCACCGCCCACACCUCCAUCUCCGCCCACCACAAAUGUGGCGGAGAUUGUUUGCAUAUCGGAUGCGGAGAGCGAGGAGGAGCGCGAUCCCGACCGGGACUACUACGACCAGGACACGGAGGAGGAGGAUCCAAGCGGGAGAGAGAUCAAUGAAUCGAGCUCCAGCAAGUCCAAGGCCAAGUCCAAUAAUGCAGCUGCAGCGGCGGCGGCUGCAGCAGCGGCAGCAGCAGCCUCGAUGGCUUCAUCCUCGGCCACGCCCUCCUACGCCAUGCCCACCAGCAAUAGUACGCCCCUCGAUCUGGACAAUGAGGCCCAUCAACGGGACCUGGAGGCGGUCACCGAUCUGCGAUCCUAUGUAAAAUUGUACAGUGACGAGGCCGUCAGUCUGAAUGAUUUCAAAAUAAUUCGCGUCCUAGGAACAGGUGCCUAUGGUCGGGUUUUCCUCGUUCGCAAGCUGACUAGACACGAUGCCGGAAAACUGUAUGCAAUGAAGGUUCUCAAUAAGAUAACGGUGGUGCAGAAGCGAAAAACAGCGGAACACACCAAAACGGAGAGAGUGGUACUGGAGGCUGUUCAACGUAGUCCCUUCCUCGUGAGUCUGCACUACGCCUUCCAGUCAUCUUCAAAGCUUUAUCUGGUGCUAGACUUUGCCAAUGGCGGUGAGCUCUUCACGCAUCUCUACCACUCUGAGAACUUCGAGGAGUCCCGGGUUCGUGUUUACAUAGCCGAGGUGGUGCUGGCUCUGGAGCAACUGCAUCAGUUGGGGAUUAUCUAUCGAGACAUUAAGUUGGAGAAUAUUUUGCUCGAUGGCGAGGGGCACAUUGUACUCUCCGACUUUGGACUGUCGAAGAUCCUUACCGCGGAGAAUGAAUACCGUGCGCACAGCUUCUGCGGCACUCUGGAGUACAUGGCUCCUGAGAUUAUUCGUACGGGGCCGCCGGGACACGACAGUGCCGUGGACUGGUGGUCGGUGGGUGUGCUCACUUUUGAGCUGCUCACCGGCGCUUCGCCAUUCGCUACGUCUGAUGGCCAGAGCCAGCAGUCGGAAAUCUCGCGGCGGAUUCAGAAGGAGCAGCCGUUGAUUCCCUCAUCGUUCAGUGCCAACGCCCGUGACUUUGUGCUAAAGAUGCUGGAGAAGAACCCAAAGCGACGGCUGGGAGGAAACCAUCGCGACGCCAGCGAAAUCAAGGAGCACCCCUUUUUCCACGGCAUUAACUGGCAGGAACUGCGGAACAAGCGUCGCAAGGCCCCCUAUAAGCCCACCCUCAACGCCGAGGACGAUGUCCAGAAUUUCAGCAACGAGUUUACCGACCAGGUGCCCGAAGAUCCCGAGUGCGAUGCCCCGCCUAGCCGGAUACGACUCUUCCGCGGCUACACAUACGUGGCGCCGGAGCAUUUGGAGCAGAUGCGACAGGAUAACAACUGUCACAUUCAAUACUGUAAUCCGGGACUUCAGAAUAUACCCUCUCGGCCUGAUGACCUUGAACUUGGCACCCGCACUGUUAGCGGAGCCUAUGGCACUUGCCAUUUUGUGGUGGACAGCUCUUCGGAGAUGGUGUUCAUGGCCAAAGUAAUACCGCUGUCCAAGUUCCGCCCCUCCGAGGUCGACGCGUUAAUCUCGUGCGCUCUCGACACGAACAGUCACAAGAACAUCGUCAGCUACCAUGGAACGUUCAGGGAUAAGUGCGAGACAUGGAUCAUAAUGGAGUACCUGUGCGGCGAGGAGCUAACCGCAUCCAUCCGCAUGGAUGAGGAUUCGUGUCGGGAGAUCUUUCUGCAGCUGGUUAUGGCUGUGCGGCACAUACACUCCAAGCACUUUAUUCACGGUGACCUGAAGCCGGAGAACGUAAUGUUCGAAAGCCGAGAGGACAAGAAUGUCAAAUUGGUCGAUUUUGGCAACGCAUGUUACAAUAGUCGUUUUCAAAGUUGGAAAGACAAGCCGCGUUACACGCUAGACUAUGCACCGCCUGAAAUGCUCGCGGAUGCGAAUCUCGUCACUUAUUCGCCAGCCGUGGAUAUAUACGGGCUUGGGGCCAUGCUGUAUACCAUGCUAGUGGGACAUCAGCCGUACAGACAGAACGAGGACGAUGUGGAUCACUCCGCAGCGGCCCAUCACGAGCUUCGCAAGCGAAUGCGGCGUGAAACGUUUAAUCAGCGUUCUAAGCGCUGGGAAAAUGCAAGUCCUGCGUUCCGACAUUUGGUGAGCUGGUGUCUGCAGCGGGAUCCGGCUGAUCGGCCCACAUUGUCAGAUAUUCUUGACAGCGAGUGGCUGCAGUACGGCUCAAAUGAUCCGGAUGUUGAUAUAAUUAUGCCGCUAGAGCAGCAGAUGGUUGUGGACCUCAGCGAAGAUACUAUGGAGCAACCGACGGCAGGUAUGUUAGUGGAGCAGGAACAUAUGGAAUCCACACACGACAAGUCGGCGGAAGAUGAUGGCAUAAUCCUAGUCAGCGAGCCCAUGGAAGCGACUGUCCUGGCUCACGAAUCUAGGAAAAAUACAGCCGCAUUACCCUCAGCUGUUGCUCCAUCCGACGACGAAGACUUGGUAGUGCACGAACGAUUUGACCCUGCCUUUGAGGUGCAACCGGACUUCUACGGCUUCGACGAGGAUGCGCCGCCCUUACCCCUUCCCGAGGAGUACUACAGUGAACUACCUCUGCCUGAGGAGGAUCGGCAGUACAUGCCACCUCCACCAGCUCCGGCUCCUGUUGAACCAGAAUCGACCUUCCGGCGGCCAAGAACGCGACAGCAGCGUCGCACUGAGAGCCAGCUAUUACACCCGGUUUCUACCGCUCCGCAGGAGGACAGCAAGGCGUCCCUGCGCCUACUAAUGCAGCAGCUGCCGCCGCCAGCUGAUACUGCGGUAGCACGCAUUCCGAAGAGAACCCAGCGAGUCGUACGUACAUUGCCUCCGUCCUUUGGAACUACAAAGCGAGAGGAGAGUUUCAAUGGAUUUAGUAAGACAGCAAUCUCGUGGCGAAAGACGCGGGCAAGCUGGAGGCAUUUCUGUCUGCUUAUCAAUGGUGUGCAGCAGGUGCUAAAGAUUCGGUUCAAAAAAACGCGUCGCGUCUACUGCCUGCCCAAUAUAAAAGUGGAAAAGCUUGAUCAUGCAUACGAGAAACCGCUGACGUUUCCGCGGCCCAGGGCGCAACUGAAGCGCGCCAAGCGGGAGCCCAAGGUGCCGCGGCCACCCACGCGAGUGCAACCGGAAAGGGCGCGGGCGCUGCGCCAACUUUAUCAGUUCCAAUGACAUGAGGAUGACGAGGAUGAUGAUGUGGAGGUGGUGGAAAUCAAGGAGGAGCCGCUAGGCGAUGGGGAGGAGCAACUGCGAGCGGUGCUGCAGUGGGAGGGCGACUUCAGGAGGCAACGGAUGUACAGCUGACCACACACAUUGACCCAAUGGCCCAUCCAGGACAACGACAACCAGACACCAGCCAAAACAGAGGGUGAACACCCAGCGGGUUUCAGCACCCAGCAACAAACCCACUAGCCCCCCUCACUAAGAAUCGUGACCAUGAGGGGAAGGAUCCGCAAGACGCACCAAAGAUCCUGUCAAUACAGUUUUUCAAGUUUGUUAUGCAUUAGUCUAAGUUCAGUACUCAUAUUGCGUUUCGCUCUUUCAAGCACGGAAUCCGAAUACCGAAAACCAACUUAACUUGUAAAUUUUUAGAAUGGGUAUACCCCAACGUUCUAAUUGGUGUAUUCUAUAUGCAAUUUGUUGUGCUAGUUAAUUAUUUGAAUAGCUUAAUUGUAAAAAGUCAGACACAAAAAUGGGAAUUAAACCAAGGCAACUUUUGCAUUGAUCUUAGAGCGAUUAAGACAUACAAAAACAAAUACCGACAACAGAACACAACCACUAUAUGAUAAUAAGAUUCGCAAUUAGCUUAGUGCAAAAUUAUGUUUAAGACAGCAUUGAGAAAGAUAUUCUUAUGACCCCCAUACACACAGUUUGCUUUAAGUUGUGCUUUAUGUUAAGUUAUUUACUUAAUUAUGAACACUACCACUGAACUAACUCAAAAUACUUCCAAGCAUGCAUUGCCAAUCUUAAUUGGAAUAAGCAAACCCAUGUAAUUUAAAUUGUGCUUGGCAAUAUUUCCUAAUUGCAUUCAAAUCAUUUCAGUUGAAACUAAUGGGGAAAAGAAGUAUCGCCCGAAGAGCCAUUUCCACAUGAAACUGCGAAGUUCUUCUUUGAGAUUGUGCCGAAAAUAUAUCGUUUUUUGCACACAAUACUCAACUUUUGAGAACCGUAAAUAGUCGUUGUUAAUGGCAAACCAACAUUUUAUUGUUUUGUUAAGUAUUUUUGAUUAUUUUUUUAAUUUGCUGAGAACCCUGUAUCUAAAUAAGAUAACGCAAUGGAAACCGAUGAAAUCUAAAUAAAACUUAAAAAAUUACAUUAUUUUAAA